AUGAAUCACAUACAAGAUGGAGAGGACAACCAUCGAGCUCCUCUAAUGAGUACUACAUCUACUAUGAACCACCCCAAUAAUCUAGAUGAUGAUAUUCAAGUAUCAGCGUUCAAUUCAAGAUUACAAACCUUUUACCACAAUUAUAUUCUUGCAAAUAGUGGCAUAUCACUUUUAAUCCUUUCACAAGUGUUGAACUCCAUUAUGGUAACCACAUGUAAACUUUUGCUUACCGAUACUUCCAACCCUAUCCGAUUUGAUCCACUUCAAGUCCUCUUUUUCCGAAUGCUAAUAACUUAUACUUGUUGUUUGUUGUAUAUGUAUAUAACCAAAUCAGUGACAGAUGCACCCUUUGGACCUCGAAACUUAAGAUUAUAUUUGGCAUGUCGUGGAGUCUUUGGGUUUUUAGGUGUGUAUGGCUUGUAUUUUUCAUUACAAUAUCUUUCGGUACUGGAUGCUAUGGCCAUCACCUUUUUGAUCCCUAUGGUCACGGGCCUCGUGGCAUGGAUAGUUUUAAGAGAAAGAUAUUCUUUGCUUGAAGCUGCAUGUACCCUAACAUCACUUGCUGGUGUGCUUCUUAUUGCUAAACCCAAAUUCUUAUUUGGGUCUUUAGCAACAAAGGAAUCUCUGCCAGAUAAUGAGUUAGUGGAAAGUAGCUCUCCAGCUAAAAGACUAUUGGCAACUGGUAUGGGGUUGGCAGGUGUUAUUGGAUCAUCUCUGGUUUAUGUGAUUCUUAGAAUAGUCAAAUCAGCCCAUCCCCUUAUAUCCGUUAGCUAUUUUGCUUUAACAUGUGUUAUUGUAACUAGUGUUUCCAUUACUGUGACUCCAGGUUUAGUAUUUGUUAUUCCUACCAAUGCAUAUCAAGUAUUUUUAUUUUUAUUGAUUGGACUUUCUGGGUUUUUCAUGCAAUUCUGUUUAGCUGCGGGUGUGCAACGAGUGAAAGCAUCUUUAGCUUCCCUUAUAACAUACACAAAUAUCAUAUUUGCCCUUAUUUGGGAUUUGAUAAUCUGGGGUCAUGUUCCAGGAUUGCUUAGUUUUAUUGGUAUAAUAAUCAUCAUUACUAUGGCUGCUAUUGCCGUUAAAUAUAAGUCAUACAUUGAAAAAGCUCCAUCAUCUUCGUCAUCACCUAUAGAUUUAGAAGGGGGAGACCCAAAGAAUGAUUCAAUAGAAUUGCUGGAUUUUGAAAUAGCAGACGAUCAUGAAUGA